CUUUUUUUCCCCUCUCUCUACCGCCCCCAACGACGCUGACAGCAAAGAAGAUGGAUGCCCCUCGAACAAGUUAUUGAUGACUCUUGCGUGAUACUUUUGGCUUUUGCAACAGAGCUUUUCUUUCCUCCCCUCCUCGUUUUUCUGCAAAACAUGCAGGUGUCAUUUUUGCUCUCUGUUCUGAUUUUAUGCAAGAGCGAAGCGUCGGGCGAGUUCCCCCGCAGCGGAACCGGGACGAGCGCCUCUUUCCCUCCUCUGCAUGCAGAUGAGGAUGAAGACGAGGGCAACUUUGCUCCGCAGCCGCCGCAGACAGUCGCCGAGCCUUCGGAUGGUUGGACCUUCACCCUGAAGGUGCAGGUCACCGACAUGCUGACUCGUCAGUACCUGGCGCGGGCGGAGGUGGAUCUUCACGUCAACUACAGCAGGAUCAAAACGGUUCUCACGGGGGAGGACGGCGGCGUUUUGCUCCAAGUGCCUUUUCAAAGCGGCUCGCCCGUCACAGUACGGGCGUGCAAGGACGGCUACGUUUGCGCGUUGCUUCCCUGCCAGACUGUCAGGAGGCCAAUCUUCUCUUCGGUGACUGUGCCCCUACGUCGCCUGACGCAAGGGAACGUGUGGCUUUUUGAAGACUCCCUCCUGAUCACCGACAAAGCUUCGGAUGCUUCGUGGCGGCCCGUUGUCCAGUUCCCCAAGAGCCUGCUGAACCUGAGCGAGGGCAGCGACGUGGCCGCUUUGAAAGCCUACUUGACCGUCCCCGAGCCACCUUCAGCGGGAGGAGGCUUUCUCCGCACCUUGGGCGUCACGAGCGGCACAGCAGGAUACAUCAGCACUGAGUUGAAACCGGCGGCGGCCGUUAGCGUGCGGCUAUUCCGCGGGGACACGGAGCUGCAUAUCGGCGGCCCCGUGAAGAUCAGCCUGACGCUCCCCGACAAUUGCGGACUGCGCUCUUCAAACGCUCUUCCGGCUUGGUUCUACAACCGCACCACCGGCGGCUGGAUGAGACGAGGAUUAGGGACGGUGGUGUCGGAAGGUGGAAAACUCCGAUGGACCUUCAGCGCUCCGCAUCUGGGUUACUGGAUGGCGGCGCCGGUGGCGACGCGUGGAGAUGUCUUUGGAGCUGACUUCCUAGGUGACUUCUUUGGCCGCCAUUGGUCUUUUGUGGCGCUGGCCCUUGGAGGAAUGCUCUGUUUUGUCGCCUGUCUUCUUGCUGCCUUGUUGUAUUGUCAGAGCUCCGCGAGGAAAACGAAGGUGACGCACGCGCCGCCCAAAAAGGACCGAGCCACGGCCACCGGCAGCGAUGAGGACAUUGAAGGAUCUGCUCCGUCUCAGCGUGGCCUGAAGCACGCGAGAAGGGAGGAGCGGCGCGAUGUCGCCGUAGCCGUCCACGACGGCGACGUUUGCACCGCGGCGGCCCAACCCGAGAUCCCUUCCGGCGACGCGACGGAGCCGAUACGAGUUGCGCAAUCUCUGACGGACGCUCUGUUGUUCUACAGCCAGCCCGUGGCCAUUUUGCACGCGGCAGCCUUUUUCCAAGCCGAAGACCAACCGCAGCAGCCCCGCUGGACUGAGCCCAUGGAAGCCAGCGAAGAGAGCUCCAGCCCAAAUGCGUCACAAGGCUCCACUCAGAACCAGGAAGGAGCUCCGGAAGGACACCCGCAGAAUACUUUGCUACCGACAAGCAGAGGCCAGCGCGGUUUCCUGGAAUCGGCGUCGGUUCCGGAAACCUUAAGUCGACUGAGGAGCAGCAGACGCUCGAUGGAGGCCGCCGGCGAGCUUUCCAAAGCGCCGUCGUGGCAGCCGCCGCGGGCCUGGUUUGUGAGUCUGGAGGGCAAACCGGCGGCCGAGAUCCGUUACGCCGUGGAGGAGCAACAGCGGAGAAGAGCAACUGCGGGGAGUCAAGAAACCAGCUUGGAUUCCGGCGUGGAUAUGAUCGAGAUGAACCAGACGCCCGGCCGGAGAGCUGUCACUCUGGAACGCAAGGGCACCUUUGUCAAAAGGGCGGCCGGCGAACAACGGACGGCGCCGCAGUGAAAUGGAUGUGGCUCUCUGCACCAUCUUCCGUUUCUUCUUCAAUCUGCAUCUUAGCAAGAUCUUGAGCAACUGCUAUCUCGUUGCUAGCGCAUGAACUCUCGCCUGCCACUAAAUUCCCUUUCAAAGCUUUUUUGCAUGAGUCGCUUGUGAGCUCGCUCCAUCUUUGUUUGCCUUGAUGUGCGUGCGUGCGCCGGCCCGGCAAUAAAUGCACGUUUCAUUUCGGACUGACUUUCUAUCCACAUUUUUUCAAGUUAAUAAAUGAAGUUUGUGCAAAUGAAGCGCUCUCUCUCUUUUCACGUGAAUUGUUUUGCAUUUUAGAUUAGAGCGCUGCACCGAGGGACCUUGGAUGAUUUCCUCGCUGUGGAUUUCAAUGAGCGACUGCGUGUUGCAUGGCUCAGGAAUGUCCGCUAGAGGGCAGACUCGCAUAAACUUUAUUUCCGGAAGGUGUUUACAUGGCACACGCACGUCAAAACAUACUAGUGUCAUGUAUGAAGGGAUGGAAAAACAUGCAGGGGCAGGGCUGUUGGGUGGAUGGUCUGCAUGUCUGGCCGACAGGUUCUGGGUUUGAAUCCUGGCUCAGGCCCUCCACAGUGACGUUUGCAUGUUCUUGCUCGAACCGUGACGGCUUUUACUUCGGUUUCUCUGGCUUCCUUCUGCUAGUGGAAUAGCUGCAGAAAUUUGUACCGGCCCAAUCAGACGAAUGGCGACCAUGCGGAUCAGCUGGCGAGGUCUCUGGCCUCUCAGGCAAGAAAGUGUCUCGUGCCAAAUGUUUCCUGCACUUUUCCUUCUGACUGUCUCAUCCUUUGACGUGACGGCGUUCAAGCCAUCGGUGAGACGGAAACAUUGACAGCACAAUCAAAUCAUCGCGAGACCGGAUCAGUGAGGGAACGAAUCGUGACUUUCCCGUUCACGAACGAGGCAAUGCAGUUGACCGCCUGGCUUCCAUCCCGUGCGUGCAUCAACGCAUCAGUCAGUGAACGUGUUGCGUCGUCUCCCUCCUGGCGUGGACUAUGGAAGGCAGAAUGUCGAUUUGCCAAGGAAAGCAUGAAGCACUCACUGAAACACCACUUCUCUCAUGCACCUUUUCUCCAGCUAACUUUAUUGCAGUGCUUCUCAAUUAUUUUCUGUUACGCCCCCCCCUAGCAAGAAGAAAACUAUUCGCGCCCCCCCUCCCCACCGUGACUAUCCUAACUUGUCUUGUAAGUCGUAAAAUGUUGCACUGUCGCAAACGUGACAGAAGUAACAAUGAGCGCGCCACUGCCCCCUGCUGUAGUAAACGCGCAAUUACACUUUAUUCUAGUACUGCCAAAAAAAAAGCCUGUUCCCCAAGGUCACACGCGCCCCCCCAGGAAUAGCACCGCGCGCCCCACUAUUUGAGAAGCACUGGCCUAGGUGACUGAUUCACAAUUUGGUUUUGUCUGAUAUCAGAGAUUAAAUAAAGAAAACCAACUGGCUGAUUGAUUUGUUUUAAUUGAGAGGAAAAAAAAACAGCAAAAGCAUUUCACUAGCUGACCAGGAGAUGGCGACAGCGUGGCAUCUGAAGACCCUGGAUUGUUUGUUCUGCUAUAGCCUAGGUG